UUGUGGGGCACCGCGCGUGAAAGAGAAAAAGUCUUGAAAUGAUUAUGUGGCACAUUAUGUGUGGGCAUGCUGUCGGUAUCCUCAGCCUCAAUGGAGGUGUUUGCUAACUGUAGAGUGUCACGUGGGACCUGUAUUUCUUCACCAGGUGUUUGGAAACAAUUAACCGGGGCUCGCGCAUCUUACUCCACUUAGCACCCAUGAACUUUUCGGUCCUCCGUGCGCCGCUGCAUCCUUCUCACGGACAAUGAAGACGACUCGCAAAUGCAGGAGCCUCCUGUCGGUUAGCUUGAACUUCUUCGCCCUUUUCUUCUCAAUAACCGCGUUUAUAACGACGUACUGGUGCGUGGGGACCCAGAGAGUGCCCAAGCCAAAGUGCAGCAAGCUGCGGACACACCAGUGUAUAGACUACGGAGUGAACGAGACAGACCCCAACAAAGUGGUGUACAGCUGGGAGACCGGGGACGACAGGUUCCUGUUCAGACAGUUCCACACCGGCAUCUGGUUCUCCUGCGAGGAAAACAUCCACGAUGAAAGUGAGAUGUGCAGGAGCUUCAUUGACUUGGCUCCUCCAUCAGAGAAAGGGAUGCUGUGGCUGUCGCUGGUUUCUGAGAUGUUGUACAUCAUCCUGCUGGUGGUGGGCUUCAGCCUCAUGUGUUUAGACCUGGUCCACUCCAGCAACGUCAUCGACGGACUCAAGCUCAACGCCUUCGCUGCCGUCUUCACUGUGCUCUCAGGUCUUCUUGGCAUGGUGGCUCAUGUGAUGUACACACAGGUCUUCCAGGUCACUGUUAGCCUCGGCCCACCCGACUGGAGGCCCUACAACUGGGACUACGGCUGGUCCUUCUGUAUGGCCUGGGCGUCCUUUACCUGCUGCAUGGGCGCAUCAGUCACCACCCUCAACUCCUACACGAAGACCGUCAUCGAGUUCAGGCACAAGCGCAAGACCUUCGAGCAAAGCAUCCGCGAGGAGCACGCGCGGGAGGCUUACGGAUAUUACCGGGAACGCUCCCUGCACUCCAUCUCCAAAUCUGUGGAGGUUUAUUCAAGCCAGUCUCUGAAAAGUGGCAGGAAAAUUCCAAUACCUGCUGACACCCUGGACCUGGGUGACAUGUCAGGAUCUUUGGGGGAGGAGCAGUGCUGAACGGGACGGGACAGUUACGUGUGGCAACUUGGUGGAAGUGCUGUUGACCGUAUGUGGUCGGCAUUCAGUACGGGACGAACACCUAACAGGACUUCAGGCUGCAUCGUUCCACCUGCUCCACCUGAUUCAUUUUAACACUGCCUUAAUUGUGAGUGUGUUGUUGACAUUGGUAGUCGCAGAGCUUAAAGUCACAAAGGAGCUGCAAGCCAGCUUCAAACUGAGAAAAGGGGACAUGAGCUAAUCGCAUGGAUGAAGGUGUUUCCUCUGUUUGUGUAACCUACCACAAUGUACAUUAAAAAGAAUGUGAAGUAUACCUAUAUCAAUAGAUUGAGGGCCUCUCAGAUGCUAAUAGCCUUAUUAAACAUGGUUCAAUCAAUAAAUCAAUACAAACACAAGGUGACAGUUGGUCCCUGGGUAAAGGUGCA